AUGUUUAGAACCACCUUUAUUAGAGCAGCUUCGACUGCCUCAAAAUCUUCCGUUAAAGUGCCAGUUAAAUUAUUUGGUAUUGAUGGUACUUAUGCCACAGCAUUAUUUACAGCUGCUGCUAAAGAUUCUGAUAUUAAUGCUGCUGCUAAAUCUUUAAGUUCUUUAGCCAAUGUUGUUGAAACUGAUAAGAAAGUUCAAGACAUCUUAAACACUCCGGCUCUAUCUGCAGAAGAUAGAACAGACAUUGUUAAUGUCUUGGUUAAAUCCUCGAGCCCUGUAGAUAAGACCGUUUCAAACAUGUUAUCUAUUUUGGCUGAAAACAAUAGAUUAAGUAUUUUACCAAAAAUUUCUAAUCAAUUCUCUAUAUUGGCCGAUGCUUACAAUGGUAUUGUUAAAGGUACCGUUACUUCAUCAGUUAAAUUAGACUCUAAAAUCUUUAAAAGAUUGGAAAAAUCAAUUGCAAGCUCUGAAUUGGUUGGCCAAGGCAAGACUUUAAGAUUAGAAAACGUCAUCAAGCCAGAUAUUAAAGGUGGUUUGAUCGUUGAAGUUGGUGAUAAGACUGUUGAUUUGAGUCUUGCUACCAAGAUCCAAAGAUUGAAUAAAUUAUUAGAAGAAGACUUGUAG